AUGUUCAAUCUCCACAUCAAGAUUGGCUGUCUGGGAGAGGUGGCUACCAAGCCGGCGUUUCCUGGAGACUUGUUUGCCCUUCGCCACAGCAGCAGCUCGCUUCUGCUUUCCAAGCAGCCUUCAGCAAUUGCUGGGCUUUGCGCCCGCCCGGGAGCGGGCAGACACACCCGGCCGCUAGACGCAGAGCGGGGCUGCGCUGGAGCCUUUCGCAGAUUCGCAGGGAUCAGUCCCCGGGCGGGAGGAGAUACCCACGACGCUCGCGUUUGGCCUGGGAGCGCUUUGCCCGCCCCGUACGGGACAGUUACCGGGGAGCUGCGGCCACCACCCCACCCUGAGGGGACAGGACUAGGCCCUGCCAGCACGCAAGCGGGGACCGCGGCCCGGGAACCGGCCGCACCCACACGGGGCCGGGAUGGUGGAGCAGUGGCGGCCGCCUCAACAGGGCUCCUAAGGGACGAGGCGCCCCAGCUACCGGCCCUGAGGGCCUCGCACCGCGCCCCAAAUAGUUCCCCUCUCCCCGGCCCAGGGGGUCGGCGUCCGACGCCCACAGCGAAGGGGGCAGCUCACCUCGUGUGGCGGGAAGAUGCGGAACGGGCGGCCGGGCUCUCCUCACAGCGCCUCUCCAGCCGGCGGAGCCGCUGCUGCGUCCAGACUCUGUUACAAAAUGAGUUUAUGAUUUCACUGCAAGAUGAAGAAAGAAGAAGCUGGCCAUAAAAGACCUUUUUCAGGAUGUGAAAUAACUGCACUAGGAGGAACACAACAACAUGGCAGGUGAGUUACACUGCUUUAUCUAAAUAGUUUUUUAAGCCGUAGCCCACUCUAAAAGUCCUAUAAGUAACAGAAAAAAAAAAAACAGAUCCAAAGUACUAGCUAGGGCUAU